UAACGUGAGCAGUGUGGUCAGCAUGUAGGGAAGCCUGCUUCUCGGUGAGGCUACACAUAGAUAGACAGUCUAGAAAUGUUUUAACAAUUUCUAUAUUUUUGUGAAGCAUGCAUUCACUUGCCACUCCCUGUUGUACACAACAAGCUUCCAUUCCCCCUGUCACAAGGGGAUUUAUAGCUGAUUCAAGAUGAAAUUGUCAACCGUGUUACUUUAUUUGGCAGUUAAUAGGCAUAUAUAUAUAUAUUAUUAUUAUUAAUUGUUUUACCGCUUGAGAUGGAAAGACCUGUUUUUUUAUGAAGUUGAACAUGUGCUUUUUAUGACAGAAUGGUAAAAUUAAGUGAAAUCAAACUUUUUUUUUAACCAAGUUACACUUCUCAAAAGGCACCGAAUUGGUGGAACAACCCACAUUCUGACUUAUCCGGAAGGCUUUCAUGUGCCUUCAUCUGAGAUGAUGCGGAGGCUCCUUCUCCCCGGGUCCUCGGUGUCCUCUCUGCCGCCGUAAUGGCGUGCAGGAGAGGCUGCUGCUGCGGUGUGGUGAACGAGGAUAACGCGCGGUUUCUGAUGCUGGCGGUGCUGAUCGUGCUGUAUCUGUUGUGCGGUGCUGCGGUGUUCUCCGCGUUGGAGCAGCCGAAGGAGAGGCAGGCGAAGGAGCAGUGGGUGCAGCGCUUCGAGAGAUUCACCCAGAAGCACAACCUUAACCGGACCGACUUGGAGACAUUUCUCCGGUUCUAUGAGGAGGCGAACAUCGCCGGUAUCCGCGUGGAUACACUGAGACCACGCUGGGAUUUUACCGGCGCCUUCUACUUUGUCGGUACCGUGGUGUCGACCAUAGGAUUUGGCAUGACCACCCCGACAACGGUCAGCGGCAAAGUCUUCCUCAUCUUCUACGGCCUGAUCGGCUGCGCCUCCACCAUCCUCUUCUUCAACCUCUUCCUGGAGCGCAUCAUCACCGUGCUCGCCUUCGUGCUCAAGUCAUGCCACGCGCUGCAGCGCCGGCGCCAGGGCGUCAUGCCUCACGAUGGCCCUAGGGGGACGCCACCGCCAGGACCCAGAGAUAGAGACAGGGACAGUCUGGCUGGAUGGAAGCCUUCAGUGUACUGCGUGAUGCUGAUUCUCUGUGUAGCCGCUGUAGUGAUCUCCUGCUGUGCCUCGGCCAUGUAUUCAGCGGUGGAGGGGUGGGGCUAUCUGGACUCGCUGUACUUCUGUUUUGUGGCGUUUAGCACCAUCGGGUUCGGGGACAUGGUAAGCAGCCAGAGGGUUACGUACGACGGGAACCAGAUAGCCUACAGACUGGGGAACUUCCUGUUUAUAUUGAUGGGUGUCUGCUGUAUCUACUCGCUGUUCAACAUCAUAUCCAUUGUCAUCAAGCAGACUCUCAACUGGUUGCUGAGAAAGCUGGAUAUCUUCUGCUGCCGAGGCCGCUGCUGCCCCGCCGGGAUCGCGAAGGGAUUGCACCUGCGCCGGAAUGCCGUGAUGCCCAGCGGCACUGGACACGGACACUCACGGGCGCGGCGGACUGUCUCCAUAGAAACGGACGCGUUGAACGAGAGUGAGACUGAUGGAGGACGGCGGAUGUCGGGGGAGAUGAUCUCCAUGAGGGACUUCCUGGCUGCCAAUAAGGUGAACCUGGCCCUGAUGGAGAAGCAGCUGUCGGAGGCAGCAAUCAAUGGGAUCCCUCGGCCUUCCGUCUCCAACCAAAACAGACAGAAUGGUUUCUCUGGAGGAGUAGGGGCGCUGGGCAUCAUGAACAACAGGCUGGCUGAGACCAGUGUGGACUGAUGACUGGUUACCGUCAUUAUGUAGGAUUACUGCACACCAUACAGAGAAUGAUCAAAGCAGAAGUCAUAAACUAUGAAAAUAUAUACGCUACUAUGUCUCUCAAAGCCAUGUGUUGACGUCUCAAGGACAUGUGAUCCGAGAGACAAAGUGGACACCAAGUGCUCACUGAAGGAGGGAUUCCAAAAAACUGGUUUGUGUCGGGUCCAAAAUCUUUACAUAGGUCACAGUUUUGGAACCAUUGCUGUAGCCCACUGAACAUGAUCCAUAGAGACACUGUACACUGUAGAGAAAACAACUACAAUAAGAAUAUUAGAAAACAUCAUAUGGAGUCUCAAAGAGCAGACCUCUUCAGAGCUUUACAUAGCGUGAUAAUGACUCAUCGUUUAUCAGCAAUGUGUGGCACUCCUCGUGAUGCAUGGCAGCCAUUUUGUGCCAGAAUGUUCAGUGACCGCGACACAUCAGCCAUUGUGGUGGAGAUGUUAGGGGUUAUGACGCCAAAUGGUCUUGUCCAUGAUCAUGUUUGCCUUUCCCUUAUUGAUCUUUGUACAGUAUUUGUUAUUGACAGCUCAUGUUUGUUUGUUUUUGUAGGAGACAGAUCAUGCUUUUAUGCUUGAAUAGGUGCUCAGAAGUUGAAAUCAGUUGUCAAAUGCAUAAAGAUCUUGAUUGAUGAACUCCCCUUCACUCUGCUAUAAAAAUCUUCAAGAUAUCACACUAUAUUGUAAAUACUGUUCCAAAAAUGUUAUAAACUACAAGGAAAACACUACUGAUACAUUUGAUUGAUUAUAAAAGUGCUAGCUGUCAUUUCUCUGUAACAGAGUAGUACUUACUCUCUUUGGGUUUUUAAAAAAAUUAUUAAGAAAAAUUUAGAGAGAAAAAUGACCAAUAUCUUAAAAUCUAUUAUUUGAAAUAGCACAUACUAAUUUGAACCUUACCCAACACCUUUCAAUAGAGUUCAAAAGGAGACAUUUGCAAUGUGUCAGGAUAAACGGAAAUCAAUUACAGUAUGCAGGCAUAUAAACAGAAUUUCUAUGUAAAUUGCAUUUAUGUCAGCGCUCCACUUCUCCUUGGAGGAAAUCAUUAUUAAAGAGCCCCAGUGUCUUUUGAAGGUAGAACUUAAUGUACAUGUGACUCUGAAUUGCUAAUCGGACAGCUGUUGUGUUUGUAGCUGGAGAACGUGUUUGUGUGUGUGUGUGUGUGUGGGGGGGGUGGUCUGGAGCGGAGCGGAGACAUGGAGUCACCACCCACACCUGAAUAAUGGAUGAUGCAGGGCAUCAAAAGACCUUUUCUUUUUCCCCACGCUAUUUUAUUUUUAUUUUCCUCUCUCCGGUUGAUCUUCUUUGAAUUUGUGUCGGGGAAGUUUGCCACUUUAAAUCAGGGGACUCCUGAGUCACGACAUAACGCACGGCGUCGGUGACACUGUCGAGUGCAGGGUUUGGAGCCUUGUUUUACAUAAAAAGCAAACUCCGAAAGCGUUUAUAAUAUCGUCUUCCCAGCUCUCCCUGUUGCAGUCCCUGUGCGCUACUUGAAACGAUGCAAGAAAUCACUGUAACAGUGUGUUAAAAGAAUGUAAACAGAGCAAUGUGUUAGGAUUUAAUGAGAAUGAAAGGGAUUGUAUAAACAUGAUGUUGAGAUAGA